UUGCUGACAAGGCCGCCUACCUGAUGGGUCUGAACUCAGCAGACCUGCUCAAAGCCCUCUGCUACCCCCGAGUCAAGGUUGGGAAUGAAUACGUGACCAAGGGUCAAACCGUGCAGCAGGUAUACAAUUCAGUGGGUGCCCUGGCAAAAUCUGUCUUUGAGAAGAUGUUCCUGUGGAUGGUUGUUCGCAUCAACCAACAGCUGGAUACCAAACAGCCCAGACAGUACUUCAUUGGUGUCCUGGACAUUGCUGGCUUUGAGAUCUUUGAUUUCAACAGCCUGGAGCAGCUGUGCAUCAACUUCACCAACGAGAAACUGCAACAGUUCUUCAACCACCACAUGUUCGUGCUGGAGCAGGAGGAGUACAAGAAGGAAGGAAUUGAAUGGGAGUUCAUUGACUUUGGGAUGGACCUGGCUGCCUGUAUUGAGCUCAUUGAGAAGCCCAUGGGCAUCUUCUCCAUCCUGGAAGAGGAGUGCAUGUUCCCCAAGGCAACUGACACCUCUUUCAAGAACAAGCUCUAUGACCAGCAUCUGGGCAAGUCCAACAACUUCCAGAAGCCCAAGCCUGCCAAAGGCAAGGCUGAGGCCCACUUCUCCCUGGUGCACUACGCUGGAACAGUGGACUACAACAUCACUGGCUGGCUUGAGAAGAACAAGGAUCCCCUGAAUGAAACUGUUGUGGGGCUGUACCAGAAAUCAUCCCUGAAAACACUGGCCUUACUCUUUGCCUCGGUUGGUGGGGCGGAAGCAGAGAGUGGUGGCGGUGGCAAGAAGGGCGGCAAGAAGAAGGGUUCUUCUUUCCAGACUGUCUCAGCUCUUUUCCGGGAAAAUUUAAACAAGCUGAUGAGCAAUCUGCGGAGCACACAUCCCCAUUUUGUGCGAUGCCUCAUUCCUAAUGAAACAAAAACACCUGGUGCCAUGGAACAUGAACUGGUGCUGCAUCAGCUGCGGUGUAACGGUGUGCUGGAAGGGAUUAGAAUUUGCAGGAAAGGAUUCCCCAGUAGAAUACUCUAUGCAGAUUUUAAACAGAGGUACAAGGUGCUUAAUGCAAGUGCCAUCCCAGAGGGGCAGUUCAUUGACAGCAAGAAGGCUUCUGAGAAGCUCCUUGGAUCCAUCGAUGUGGACCACACACAGUACAAAUUUGGUCACACCAAGGUGUUCUUCAAAGCUGGGCUGCUGGGACUCCUGGAAGAGAUGAGAGAUGAAAAGCUGGCACAGCUCAUCACUCGCACACAGGCCAUGUGCAGGGGUUACCUGAUGAGAGUGGAGUUCAAGAAAAUGAUGGAGAGAAGGGAGUCCAUCUUCUGUAUCCAGUACAAUAUUCGUGCCUUCAUGAAUGUGAAGCACUGGCCCUGGAUGAAGCUCUUCUUCAAGAUCAAGCCCUUGCUGAAGAGUGCAGAAUCUGAGAAGGAGAUGGCCAACAUGAAAGAAGAGUUUGAGAAAACCAAGGAAGAGCUUGCAAAGUCUGAGGCAAAGAGGAAGGAGCUGGAGGAGAAAAUGGUGGCCCUGCUGCAGGAGAAAAAUGACCUGCAGCUGCAAGUGCAGGCUGAAGCCGAUGGUUUGGCUGAUGCUGAGGAAAGAUGUGAACAGCUCAUCAAAAACAAAAUCCAACUGGAAGCCAAAAUUAAGGAGGUCACUGAAAGGGCUGAAGAUGAAGAAGAGAUGAAUGCUGAGCUGACAGCCAAGAAGAGGAAACUGGAGGAUGAAUGUUCAGAGCUGAAGAAAGAUAUUGAUGACCUUGAGUUAACACUGGCCAAGGUUGAGAAGGAAAAACAUGCCACGGAAAAUAAGGUGAAAAACCUCACAGAGGAGAUGGCAGCCCUGGAUGAGACCAUUGCCAAGCUGACAAAAGAAAAGAAAGCCCUCCAAGAGGCCCAUCAGCAGACACUGGACGACCUGCAGGCAGAAGAGGACAAAGUCAAUACACUGACCAAAGCGAAGACCAAGCUGGAGCAGCAAGUGGACGAUUUGGAAGGGUCCCUGGAGCAAGAGAAGAAACUGCGCAUGGACCUUGAGAGAGCUAAAAGGAAACUGGAAGGAGACCUGAAAAUGAACCAGGAAUCCAUAAUGGACUUGGAAAAUGAUAAGCAGCAGCUGGAUGAGAAACUAAAGAAGAAAGACUUUGAAAUCAGCCAGAUCCAGAGCAAAAUCGAGGAUGAACAAGCCCUGGGCAUGCAAUUACAGAAGAAGAUCAAGGAGCUGCAGGCUCGUAUAGAGGAACUGGAGGAGGAAAUUGAGGCUGAACGUGCCUCUCGGGCAAAGGCAGAGAAGCAUCGUGCUGACCUCUCGAGGGAGCUCGAGGAGAUCAGCGAGCGCCUGGAAGAAGCAGGAGGGGCUACCCCACCCCAGAACGACAUGAAAAAGAAGCGCGAGGCAGAAUUUCAGAAGAUGCGCCGCGACCUCGAAGAGGCCACGCUGCAGCACGAAGCCACGGCUGCCGCCCUGCGGAAGAAGCACGCGGACAGCACAGCUGAGCUUGGGGAGCAGAUCGACAACCUGCAACGAGUGAAGCAGAAGCUGGAGAAGGAGAAGAGUGAGCUGAAGAUGGAGAUUGACGACUUGGCCAGUAACAUGGAGUCUGUCUCCAAAGCCAAGGCAAAUCUGGAGAAGAUGUGUCGCUCCCUAGAAGAUCAACUCAGUGAGAUUAAGACAAAGGAGGAAGAACAGCAACGCACAAUUAAUGACAUCAGUGCUCAGAGAGCUCGGCUACAAACAGAAUCCGGUGAAUAUUCACGUCAGGUGGAGGAGAAGGAUGCUCUGAUUUCUCAGCUGUCAAGAGGCAAGCAGGCAUUCACCCAACAGAUUGAAGAACUCAAGAGACACUUAGAGGAAGAGAUAAAGGCCAAGAACGCCCUGGCCCACGCCUUGCAGUCUGCUCGCCACGACUGUGACUUGCUCCGGGAACAAUAUGAGGAGGAGCAGGAAGCCAAGGGGGAGCUGCAGCGUGCCCUGUCCAAGGCCAACAGCGAAGUGGCCCAGUGGAGAACCAAAUAUGAGACAGAUGCCAUUCAGCGCACGGAGGAGCUGGAGGAGGCCAA